AUGGAUUCUAUUACAAGUACCGAUGAUUUGAAUAUUGAAACAAAAUUGCGGCAAGAGAACAUUCUUCUGGACAUAAUAAAAGAAGUUUGUUGUGCUUCUGAUAUUAAAUUGUCGUCUAAACUAAUUGGCAAAGUUAAUAGAAUUAUAGCGGACUGUGAUCUUACUCAUCAUUCUAGCCUACACAAACUCUCGACAGCUGAUGAAAGUACAGCAACUGUUUUAGGGUUUAUGAACCAGACAGCAACAGAGUUAACCUUUGAUGAGCAAACAGAAUUAAAUGAAGCUAUUUUGAACAGAAUACAAACUAAACUACCAAUAUAUAAUGCUGAAUUAAAUCAACUGCAGCAGGCAAUAGGAGCUAAAAAAUCUCACAAAAAUACCAUACAAGAAUUACAUAAUAGCUUAGAUGAUAAAAUAACUGUAUUGAAAGAGCAGGAGAAUGAAAAGGUGGAUUUAAUGAUGGAAUGGCUUAAUCAUAGAUUGAACUAUGUUUCGACAUUUACAACGAAUACUACUGAACUUUUGACACUAAAAACUAAAAUAUUGGAAGUUAAAUCAAGAAUUAUGCAUUUGAACAUCCUGCAAAAUAUUUAUACGGAAACUAAUGAUUCUAUCAAAGCCUACACUGAAAUCCAUAAGGAUUUAAAAGACAGCAUCAAAGAAACUGAGCAAAGGAUUAAAGAUUACAAAGAAAUUAUACAAAACAGUUAA